AUGGCAGCGCAGCGCCUUCGCAAAACGUUCAAAUACCCCUCCGAAUCAGACGAUGAAGAUGCUGUAGAGGCAGGCAUGGAUGAACAAGACCAAGCGCACCUCAUCUCCUCCCUCUCGUCCCACGACACGUCCGCAACACACACAUACACUCUAGCCCUCCUCGUCCUGCCCCUCGCGCCCACAAUUCUCUACCUCCCGCGGCUAUUCAGUCUCUCAACCAUCAUACCGAGCGUUGUCGCGAUCGCAAGUUUACUAGCAACCGCGUAUACGCUGUAUUUCCUCCCCCUACCACCCGUCGAGCCGGACGUGGACGGCAGCAGCGCGAAUACGAAGACUGGAGCACGAAGUAGCAAGGGGAAGGAAAAGGCGGAGAGCGCGAGAGGCUACGGGUCUAAAGUCCCGCCGUGGGAAAAACAGGCUGCGAAACCAGGGCGCAGACCUGUACCUUACAUAUCAGAUGAAGUCGCGGAUUUGCUCGCAGAAUAUAUUGUUACGGUGAAUAGGGCGGUAUGUGGUAUCUUGGCGUUGUUCGAGACCUGGCAGGCAAGGGCGUGGAGUGAAGGGUUGAUGAUCGGGGGAGGGUAUCUACCAGGGCUGAUUUGCAUGAUUAUCCUGUACGCGAGGACGGAGCUGAGGAUCAUUGAUGUGAAUGGGUUGGAGCGACUAAAGCCGGUGGCGAAAGGGAAGGACUCGUGA